AUGAUGUAUCCAUCGAUGUUGUCCCACUACACAAUAAAUUACAACGAUCACAACCAGGGCUCGAGCCCCAACAACACGUUCCACUCGUACAGCGCGUCGUCGACCCCGAGUCGAUCCAAGAGACGCAACUCUGACUACGAGGACAAUUUUAAAAAAGUCAAGCAAGGGUCGUUAUCCUCCUCGAGUCCGAUUCCUCGUGAAAAAUUAACACUAGAAAACAUAAAUUUGAACGAGUAUGCGAAAUUCCACCAUCCUGAAGGAGGGUUUAUCCAGUUCACGCCAAUCGGGAACAUUAGAACAUGGAUGGGGGACAACAACGUUGUGCACAAAAGCAUCGAGAAAAACUCGUCGUUCGACCUCAAUAACCUCUCUCACGGCAUAGACGGGUACAAACUGUACCUGGGAGAGAGCAACGACGCGCCAGCGGUCCAGAUAGACAACUCUCCAUCGAACGAGACCGAAAACUACAUGCGGAACGGAUACAACGGGAGCGGGACUUCUGGCGGCGACGUUACUGCAAACACCAGCUACUACGACGACGGAGGUAGCUCUGCCAGCCGGCUGCAGUACUAUUUCGACGACGACGAGUUUGAAAGCGAUGAGGAUAUGAAUUGA